CGACGAGCGGGGCGGUGCUGGGCUCGUGGCCCUUUAAAAGGGGCUCGCUGGGGGGGGGGCAAUGGGGAGCUGAGUCUCAGGCUGUGACCUGAAGCCAUCCUGUGACUGAGCAGCCCAGUGAGAGAGAAUGCGGGGAGGCGCUGCGCUGGCAGUGCCAUGGCUCCUGGUCCUUGCUGUCACUGGCGGCCGUGGGCAGGAUGAGAAGCCAACCUUUGUCCCCCUUUUCACCCGGAAGCCCUUCAUUGUGGCCUGGAACGCACCCACCCAGGACUGCAGGCCCCGCUUCAAGGUCCAGCUGGACUUCAGCCUCUUUGACCUGCAGGCCUCGCCCAACGAGGGCUUUGUAGACCAGAACCUCACCAUCUUCUACAAGGAGCGCCUGGGCCUCUACCCCUACUAUGAUGAGCAGCAGGUGGCUGUGAAUGGGGGUGUCCCCCAGAACAGCAGCCUCCGGGAGCACCUGGACCGGCUCGAGGAGGGCAUCCGCAAGUACAUCCGCUCAGAGGCCAAGGAAGGGCUGGCUGUCAUUGACUGGGAGGAAUGGCGGCCCAUCUGGAUCCGCAACUGGCAGAACAAAGACAUCUACCGCAAGAACUCCCGGCAGCUGGUGCUGUCGCGGCACCCCGACUGGCAGGAGGACGUGGUGAACAAGGAGGCCCAGUACGAGUUUGAGAGCUCGGCCCGGAAAUUCAUGCUCCGCACGCUACAGUACGCCAAGAGCUACCGGCCCAAGCAGCUGUGGGGUUACUACCUCUUCCCGGACUGCUACAACCACGACUACAGCAAGAACCCAGACAGCUACACGGGGCGCUGCCCUGACGUGGAGAAGACACGCAAUGACCGGCUGUCCUGGCUCUGGAAGGAGAGCACAGCCCUCUACCCUUCCAUCUACCUAGACCAGGUCCUGGCCUCCUCUGAGAACGGCCGCAAGUUCGUGCGCUCGCGGGUCAUGGAGGCUCUGCGGAUCUCCCACCAGCACCACGACGGCUACUCGCUGCCUGUCUUCGUCUACGCCAGGCCCACCUACAGCCGUAAGCUGGACGUGCUGAGCAGGAUGGACCUGGUCUCCACCAUCGGCGAGAGCGCAGCCCUGGGGGCAGCUGGUGCCAUCUUCUGGGGCGAUGCAGACUACACCAAGAGCCAAAGCACCUGCCGGACUAUCAAGGCCUACCUGGAGGAGGAGCUGGGUCACUACAUCGUCAACGUCACCACAGCGGCUCAGCGCUGCAGCCAGGCACUGUGCCAGGGCUGGGGGCGCUGCCUGCGCCGGGACAGCACCGCCAACGUCUUCCUCCACCUCAACCCGCUCAGCUUCCAGAUCCGGCACCGGGGUGAGGCCGACGGGCAACAGCCAAUGCUGCGGGUGGAGGGGGAGCUGUCUGCCACCGACACCGCAUACCUACGGACCCACUUCCGGUGCCAGUGUUACCAGGGCUGGCAUGGGGACGCGUGCGAGCGGCAGCUGAGCACCCACAACAGUGGAGCCUGCCCGACCUGUGCCACUCUGGGACUCCUGGUGCUGGGGCUCCUGGCCUGCUUGGACUAGCUCGGCCCCUUACUCGGGUCCUCGUGGCAGUAGGCAGUCUUCUGGUGCUUAGCAUGGCAGGGGCAUGGGUGCAAUAGAUGGCACUUGUAGCCAGAGCCUGGUGUGCCCCUCCGUGGGGCAGACAGACUUAGAACCCAGGAGCCUUUUGUAUUUCAUUUAGUGCCGAUGUAGUGGAUCUAUUGGAGGUGGCCCCCUACCUGUGCCACAGCCGAGGGGGCGAGAGGUCCCUCCAGCGCUCCCUGCUGGCCAGCAGAGUGCCUGCAGCUGGGGGAUGGGGGAUGUUCUUGGGCAGUGAUGUAGGGGUAGGGGGCAGCCUGCAGCUGGGAGUCGGGGAAGAUCUGCCCUGGUGUGGAAAUACAAGGGCUGUGCCCUGGACUGGCUUCAUCCCCCAGGGCCAGGUCGCCCCUCCUUCCCUGCUGCUGGGUGUGCCCCAAUACAGAUCCUGGCCCCAUGGUGUGUGGGUGGGGGGGAUGCUCAUCCCCUCCCCGGCUCAGCAGAGGGCCAGGGGCCUCUCAGCAUGAGCCAAGCUGCACAGGGGGUGUGGGGUGCCCCCUAGCUCUACCCUAGCCUUUGUGGGGUGUGGAGGAGCAAGGGGAUGGCAGGGCCCUUCUUCUGUUGUAAGGAGGGGGGUGGAUAGGCAGUGAGCAGAGGAGUGUCGGGGAGGCAAGGCCUGAUGUGACAAAUACUACUGUAUGUGUCUGGAAACCCCCCUGGGGGCAGAGUUUAUGGGCUGUAGGAGGAUAUGCCCUUCAGUGCCUGAGUGAGGCAGGGGCUGGGCCAGGUGCCUCCCAGGAACCAGCCCCCUGCCUCUGUCAUCAAGAAACCAAAGUGCUUUACCUCACCAUUAAAGGCGGAACGAGAGAG